AUGGCAUUGGCAUCCUCCUCGAAUGCCAUUCCGAUGGAGGAGCUCUUCGGAAAUCCGUUCAGACCGAAAAAGGAACGAGUUGUGAAGGAGGAGAAGCCAUUCGAAUACACGCCGUCAGCCUACGUUCAGAUGAUCGACCAGAUGCUUGGAACAAAAACACGGCCGUGGAAUCCCGACAGAACGCCGAUCAAACCGAUUCAGAUGCUGUCACUUCCAGAGAUGUCCCGAGAAGAACGGUGGAUCCAGUGGGGGAUGGAGAACUGUGCAGUCAAGGCGACAAUCUCGGGAGUACUCGGAGUAGGAGUCGGAUUUGCAUUCGGACUUUUCACCGCUUCCGUCGAUCCGCAACUGUCCAUGGUCGGAGGAGAUCCCACCAAACAAGUAUAGACCUCAACUUCACCUGAUUCUCAUAGGAAACCGAUACUAAUUUCAGCUCACUCUGAAACAAACGUGGAAAGAGAUGUCUAGUCGAAUGAAAUCGUACGGAAAAAACUUCGGAUCCAUCGGACUCAUGUUCUCCGGGGUCGAGUGCACGCUGGAAACGGUGCGAGCGAAGAGCGAUUGGCGCAAUGGAACCUACUCCGGAGGCAUCGUCGGAGGUCUUCUCGGUCUGCGAGCAGGAAUCAUGCCAGCCAUGUGGGGAGCCGCCGGAUUCGCCGCCUUCUCGACCAUCAUCGACCACUACAUGAGAGGCUGA